AGUGGCAAACACAGGAGGAACAGUUAUAUGAUAAGAUACAGCUUUGAAUUUCUCUUGCUGACGAGUUAUUUUGUUUCUGUGAACUUUGAAGAGUUCUGCAUGGAUUAUAGCACAGGAAAAUACUUGCUGAAGUAAAGGAUGAGCUGAGUUUUCAUUACUUAUUACAGAGGUAUGUAAAGGCCACAUGGAGUUUGAGAGUAAUGGUUCCACUGAUGGACUAUCCAGCCGCGGUGGGGCUGCUGUCGGCUGCUGGAGACCUGAGUAUGCCGUUCUCCAACACGGUCAAGUACUGCAUCCUGGGAAUCUCGGUCACUCUUCUUCUGCUGGCGCUGGGCAUCUUGGCAUGGCAGGCCUUCAGAUGUUGCACACAGACACACACCACAUACACCCGGCAAGAUACUGUGAACAGUGAGCUGCUGUACUUAGAAGAAAAGUCACGAACAGCAGGAAACGUCUCAGGAGCUCCAAGUACUAGGGUGGAGGAAGUCAGCACAGAGGUCCAUAGGCUGAGUCGCUGUCUGUCUCAAGCCUCGUUUCCCUCCUCAGGAUCCAGCCAUGCAGACAGAGAUAUGGGAGAGCAGGCCAACAUUAAAAAUGUGGUCAAUGGGUCUCUACGGUUUUCCAUCUACUAUGACCAGCUGCAGUCCCAGCUGGUGGUAACCAUCCUGCAGGUGGAGGGGCUUCUGGAGCACAGCCAGAUGCGUAGCCUCCAGCCAUUUGUUAAUCUAAGACUCAUGUGGGCAGGUUCAGAGGGAGUGGAAUUGGAUGACUGCACUGAUGAGGAGGGCGAAGGGACUGCAUCUAUCCUGUGGACAGUGCUGCAGGAGUGGCGGACUCGCAUUGUAAAGGGCAGCUGUAACCCUUUAUAUGGAGACCAGUUCAGCUGUAUUCUGCAAGAGGAUAAGGAGCUUCAUCACAUCAACCUCAGGAUGGAGGUGAGGGACUUUGAUAAAUUCUCCAGACACACAGUGUUAGGAGAGGUUAGGGUACCUCUAGGGAAGCUCAACAUCUCCUACCCUCUGGAGCUACAAGAAGAUCUGAAGAUACCCCAGAAGGAUCUUGUCGGAGAGGUGCUUCUGUCUUUGAAGAUUCUUCCCACUUGUCAGAGGCUUGAGGUUGGACUGCUAAAGGUCAAAACGGGCCCCACUGAAAUAUGCUCAGAUGCAGCCCUGUAUGCCAGGAUCAGUGUGCAGUGCAACCAGAGCAAGUUGAGGUACCAAAAAACCUCUGUAGUGGCCCGCUGCCUGGUGACUGUCUUCAAUGAGAUCCUCAUGUUCUCCCUGCCAGAAUUUCCUCUGGAGCAGUGUAAAAUAUUGGUUUAUGUGUAUGAGACUCACACGACUAAGAAAUCAACCAAACAUCUGAUUGGACAGUUGACUGUGGGGAAGGAGAAGAGUUCAGAAGACAAGCACUGGAGCUUAAUGAUGCGCUCAAUCCGCCAGCCAAUAGCAAAGUGGCAUGGCCUACUGAUCUGACUAACAUCUCAUGAAUGCUCUACUGCACUUCCUGGAUGCCAAGCUGUGGUGCCUGUGUAUCAGGCUGUAGAGGAAUUUGAAUCUGCUUAGCUGCAGAUCCAAACAUGGACUUCUCUCUCUCCUGACACCUCAAUCAGGACAGCUAAGUGACUGCCCUACUGAAAAUUUGGGUUACUCAGUCUACUUGUUCACUGACAUCUCUUUUAUCUCUUUUUAGCUUUAAAUCUCAUCACAUUGACAAAGCUCUAAAGUACUGACAUUUGCACUCAUUAUUUCUGAUGAAAAUUAAUUUAGUUUUGCACCCACUACAUGCAACUUUGUUGUUUGUGUUGCUGUUAUAUUUAUAUUUAAGAUGUGCUGUUCUUUUGCUUUAAAAACUCAGUUUAUUCUGCAUUAUUAAAGCUUUAUGUUGCAA